ACAGCUGUUGGAUUAAACUGGGAUCAGCCUUUGACGAUGCAACUUAGUUUGACGGCAUUGAUAUUUUUGUGAACUUCAAAUAAUAUCGACUAAAGCAUUCCUUGAGCUCCCAUCCAAAAUGGCACUCACCAAGAAAUUCUUCGCGAUCUUUUUUCUAGUUCUCUUCGUAUCCGUGAUACAGACAUAUUCGAAGCCAUUGGAAGAAUCGAAAUCGGCUGCUCCGCAAAAUGACGAAGUGAUGGAGGCAGCUGAAUCUCAGAAUCCGUUCCUACCGCGCUUCGCUAUGAGAGUGCUGAAGCAGAGGCGACAGGAAGCCCAGCGGAGGAAUAACCAGGGACAGAGGAGGAAUAACUACGGACCAAAGGCUAUUCCAACGGGACAAAGAAGGGUUAACCCCCAGGUCAAAUGCUCUCAUCAGGGUCACGGACAGUAUUAUAAAAAAUGAAUAUCCACGUGAUGUUGGUGUUGACGUUAGGGCUCGUCGGUGCGCUGGAUAUUCCAAAACAAACAGUUUCGACCAACAGUCAACUACCUUUGUCAGGGAGUGAAUCAGAAGACAAACACGACGAAAAAAUAUCCAGUAUUGGUGAUUCAGAACAUAAGGAAACAAAAGUGGAAACUACGCCUGAAAAUACUGAAGCAUUAAAGAACACUGGACGCUUGGAAAUUAUAAUUGAAGAAACAUUCAGCCCUGACGAACUAGUCCUACCGAAGAUUGAUGAUGUGCCACAGAAUGGUGCCAUAUUAGAUGUACCAGAAACAACUUAUAUGGAUAGUGAUUUGGGGAGUGAUGUGUUGGUUAAUAAGGUUGAGGGUGAAAUAAUGGAGACCGCUGCGGGGUUUGUGCCAAUUCCGAUCAUCAGAAAGCGUCAGCACGCGCGGCGGCGGCUGGCCCGCCCUCACAAACCUGCUAGACCUUCCCGCCGGUAUUUCAUGAAGAAUCCCUACUGGACUCCCUACUAUCUCUACCCGUAUUACGGAUUUUAUCGCCCUAGCUCUCUGAGGUAUUAUUAAAUUUAGGUAUUCAAAUGUAGCCCGAAGUGAUUACUGCAUAGAAUUAUUAUUAUCAUUAAGUUAUUUAUUUUAUUUCUGAUAAGUUAUAUAAACAAUAAAAUCUUGUGAAAUAAAAAGGA